AUGGAGCCAUCAGAGUCUGAAGUCGUCGAGCAGCACACCGACGAUCCUGCUAUCAUCAACACCGAAGACGCGCAUCAGAACGACCACCAUGAGAGUGCUAUCCACGAACAGGAAGCCCAUGUCGAAGGCAGCGCUACGGUAUCCAGUGCAUGGACAGAGGAAGAGGUCGCCGCUGCUGGUGGCAAUGCGUUGCGUUUAGCUUGGACUUUCGGCUUCCAGAAGGACCUCAUCAACGGCGUUCACAGUUUGUCCACAGGCUCACGUCGUGCGGUGUUCUACGCCGCUGCCCACACGGGAGUCAUCUACGACUACGCCCGCCGUCAGCAGCGACUGCUUCAAGGUCAUUGUCACCCUAUUUCGUGCUGCGUUGUGAGUGAAGACAAGCGCUGGGUCGUCACGGCAGAUCGCGGUCAAGAGUCCAUGCUGGUCGUGUGGGACGCGCAGUCGGGCAACCCGAUCCGGACCAUCUUUCGACCGCACCCAAGCGGCGUCCAGGCUAUCGACAUUUCACCCGAUGCUCUGUUCCUCGUCACGCUGAGUGCCGUCGAUCGGGAGGACGAAGACGCUCAAUCGACUGGCAAGACCAAGACCACAGCGCGGAAAAGGUUCGACCAAGAGCUCGCAGUGUGGGAGUGGGCGGCUCCAGUGAGCGGUGCAGCAGUGUCAAAGCCCCUGUACUCGUCUCUCGUGGCUACGGAGGACGUGCAGCACGCUGUUCGCUUCAAUACCUACGACGUUCGGGAGCUGGUUACUACCGGCCGACAGCGCGUCAUCUUCUGGAGCUGGGCAGCUCGAACGCUGCUGUUCUACUCGCCGUCGCUGGCGCAGAAGGACUUUCGCCAAGUGGUGGGCGCCUUCACGCAGUCUCUCUUCGUUCCCGACUCGGCACAAGCUCUCACAGGCACGGAAGACGGCGAUCUGGUGCUAUGGGACGCAGUGCAGAGCGACAAUGGAGCGGAAACUCCUGCGGGCAGCUUUCCUGAACGAAAGGCAGUCAAGAUCGUGCGACUCGCAGGCGGAGCCGACCCACAGCGCAAAGUGGCGUUGACUGUCAUCGUGGACAUGGAUGGAUACCUCGUUCUUGGCUCGAGUGAUGGAGCCGUGCGCUUCUACGACUUUGACUUCCGCUUGGUAGCGUGGUUCGAGGACAUGAACGCCGGCCCCGUUGGUACGCGUCUGGGCGACGAUGAAUCGUUUCACGUUCCUGACUUUAUCGUGUCGACGGCGUCGGCGUUCAUCGUUGGCAUGAGUGCCGGGCUGUUCGCGGAGCACGAGGCGGAGAGACGACGCGGAACUCUGCUCAUGCAAGGAAUCAACGACUCAAUCCACGGUCUUGCGGCGCAUCCAAGACUCUCUCAGCUUGCAUUAAGCUCUUACUCUGGGGUUGUGCAGCUCUGGGACUACUCUGCUAAGCGGUUGAUCAUGGUUCGACGCUUCGACUCGGAGAAGCUCCGUCCGCAGUGUCUUACAUUCGCUCGCGACGGACGGAAGCUGGUAGUCGGAUUUACUAGCGGCAUCGUGAAGGUGCUGCAUGCCCAACGACUCGAUGAUCUGGCUUCGUUUCGUCUCGGAAAGGCUGCGAUCACCGACGUGCUAGUGAGCCCGGACUCCUCGCUCUUUGUGGCGCUAGACGCGACCUUGUUCCUCGGCAUGUGGCGAGCCAAGCAAGGCAAUCCCGACGCUGAGGACUCGGACGAGUGGGUGUAUCUGGGUCGUUGCAGAGCGCAUUCGAAGCCCGUGACUGGGUUGGAGUUUUCGCGCGAUGGUGACGGACAACCUGUGCUGGUAUCUGUGAGUGAGGACCGCACGCUAGCUGAGUACUGUCUGGAGCGCUCGAGUAUCCUGGAUGGAGUCGUGCUCAAGCAAGCUCCGACUCGAGUGGAGCAAAGUGCCGUUCCUACUGCAUGUUGCUGGCACCCGGAGCUGCGUGGAGUGCAAGAGGACCUGGUAAUCGUGGCGAACGACGAGUACAAGCUCAAGCAAUGGAAUACUGGCAACCAGACGUGCCGUAAGACGGCGCUAGGACCAUCGUACGGAGGCCCUAUCAACAGGUUGGUGCCCGUGCCGCUCCGAGAGGACGACCAGAUAGCUGCUGAGGCUACGGGCGGUGUAGCAGAGAGGUACUGCGUCUACAGCACUCAUGAGAAGGUUGUUGGGCUGCUGAAACUUCCUCUCGACGGGAACCCGCACAAGGCCAUGGGGCUGAUCGCUCACCCUGGCCGCAUCAGCAACGUGGACGUCACCUUUGACGGCAGCCACUUGCUCACUGCAGGUGGCGAUGACCUUGUCGUGAAUAUGUGGGAGAUUCACACGCAUCAACUCAAUCUACUGGAAGCUCGAGGCACUCCUCGCAGCGUCGAAGAGAAGGUGGAAGGUGAGACCAAGCGCGGACAAACAAAGGACGAGCUGGACGAGAACGACAUCGCAUUGGCUCCGUACUUGGCACUGCUCGAAGGGGGACGAGAGGGAUCUUUUUACCACGAGAUCGUCGACUACUUCUACUUGGCGCAGCUUCGAGUCCAGGGCGAGGACGCCACUGCUGCCCGCGAGAUCACUGCGCAGAUUCCGUUGAGGGAGAUCCCGAAUGUCAUGCGAGCGCUGGGCUUCUACCCGACCGACGAGGAGAUCCAGCACAUGGUGAGUGAGGUUCGCUAUUCGCGCUUUACCGAGACGUCUCGACCCGUGGAGAGCAUCGGACUGCACGACUUCAUCAAGUUGUACGUGAACCACCGACCUGUCUUCGGCGUCGGCAAGGCGCAGAUCGAGCGCGCCUUCAAGAUACUUGCCGCGGUGUCUAAAGCACCGGGUGACGAAGAGGACAAUGGACCGGCAACGCUGCGAUGGGAUCAGCUAGAAGCCAGACUACUGCACUCGGGUGAACCGAUGAGUGAAGAAGAACUGCGAAGCUGCUUGGCUGCUCUGCUUGCGACGGGAAAUGACGGGGCAUUGGCGAUGGAUCCGCAGUAUACCGCUCUCACCUUCGCUGACAAGGUGCUAGGCUUCGACGACUACGAGAACCCGGAAGGUGAGAGCGAUGAAGCUGGGGUGUAA